GUUUCUUUAAUGGGAAUCACCCCUGUUGUAUAAAACCUCUGGCCAGACGUUCCAGCUACGAUCACUCCGUUUUCACCGCUUUUGCAUCUAGAAUUACAUUAACUGCUUUUUCCCCCAUCUCACCCCCAAACUGCAGGGCGUGAUUUAUGAAAAAUUUAUUUUAGAAGGUCGAACGACCGAAAAGUUUCUGUAGUUGGCUCAUUCCCCAUUCCAAGUUAUCACGGGUUUACCCAAUUAUAGUUGACCUGAGGUCAGUCAGCAAAACAAUCAGCUCUUUAACACAGGCCUUCGAUCAUAACCAUUGUAUUCUCUGCUGCGUCGGUUUACACUCGUUAGUAACUGCAAUUAAGUGGUCGAAAUACAUAAAUGAGUUGAAAGAAAAAAAAACAAAGUUUAUAAUGCAAUCUCUUAAUGCUUAGCUUUAAAGAGAGUAGCUUUUAGUGUCAUAAUUUUAUAUACAACUACUAUGUUAGGAGACAUGAAACGGACAGCGACCCGCCUCCUUUUAUUCGGCUGAUGGUCCGAAAAUAUUAACUCGGUUAUCUAAAAAUACAUCUACGCAUGAAAUAGGAAUCGAUACGUCGUAUUUUAUUCUGUUAAUCUCAACUCGAACAGGAAUAAAGGAAUGACAGUUUUCUGUCUAUAUUUGUGUCUAAACAUGCUCGCACCUUGGCAACACAACAACAAUUUCUCUUCUCAAAGGUGUGUUUAUUUAUUUAUUCAUCCACACAUUCUACAUCUCCACAGUAACCGUCGGAUCUUCGUUUACACCGAGGAAAAGAUACAGAAAAAAUUAACGAAUGAAAAAUGCCAAGUGCUGGAGGCGUGUGCCCUCCAAUAAUUACACCUUUACAUAACCGGCCUACAACAAACUCAACAACAACCAAAAUUAAUAUAUCUACUUUGAUUCAGUUAAGUUCAGAAACACAAGGUUGCCGUAUAUAUUUUACAACUGAUGGGACAAAACCAAGUCAUUUCAAACGUAAAGUGGCCGGUCGAGAAAUCACAUUCAAAUACUUUGCUCCAUUCACUCUGAAAUCUGGGAAGAGAACAAUUAAAACUAUUGCUGUGUCCAGAGAUGGACUUCAAGAAAGUGCUGUUGUCACUAAAACAUUUUUUGUGGAAAAUGUCCAAGAGUCUGAUACCGACAAUUCAUAUGAAUACUUCCGCCCAGUCAAAAGCAACGAACCUUUCAAAUCCUCCAGUUAUUAUAGUAAAAAUGACCAUUUCCUGUCUGAAGGAGAAGACAAAGACAACCAAAUGGUAUCUGUUCAACAAUCAAGGGAAUUCCCUGUUCAUCAAGCUUGGGAAGAAGAAAAUGAGGAUUUCUAUGACCACAGAAUUAAUUACAGAAAUUCUUCAGAGAUGCAGGAACUCCAAAAAUCUAUCCAGCCAACCAACUACUCUGGAACACAAAUCAAUAUGUUUGGAGUGCCUCCCAAUCUAUCCAGAAAUUUCCAUGAAUGUUUUAAUCAAUUCCAACCCAAACCCACACAAUAUGGAUUUAUCACCGAACAAAUGAUACGAGGUCUAAAUGAUAAUAACAGGGCUGUAACUAUUGGUGAAAUAAGGAACAUCAUUGAAGAAAAUCAACAGAAACAGAAUCCUGAAGUUAGGCAGUCUGUUCCUUUAGCUUUACCUGAAGCUCCUGUCAAGACGAAGGUUGUUGAACGCCUUACAUAUCGGGAUCCACCAUUACAAGAUGUCAGUGUAGGUCAAGGGAACCUCAACGAACAGAUUCUACACAUUUACAGUCAUUUGUUGAAAUAUUCUAAACUUGAUGGAGACUUUCGCUCUAAAGUCUCACAUCCAUGUUUUGGUAAAGUUUUGACAAGUGACUUUGAAGAUGAAGAAGAUUGCUACAGAAUAACUGUGAUAAUGGAAAAGCCUGGUGUUCAACGCAUUCCCCGUCACAAACUGACCAAAUCUAAAAAUGGCACAAAUGAGAAAAAGAAACCGAUUUCUGUAACUGCACAACCACAGAAGAAAACUCCCAAGAAAAUUCCAAAAUCAGAUCCAUAUUUUGAAAUGGAAAUGGAAGAUAUUGAGGUAAGGCCACAAACUAACACCGUUGAGAAAAAGAAACCAGUUGCUGUAACUCCACAGCCGCCAAACAAAGAAACCCCAAAGAAGGAAAUUCCAAAAUCGGACCCUUAUUUUGAAAUGGAAGUUGAAGAUAUUGAGGCUCAAGAGGGAACAGUGAAGAGUUACCCCAAAUUCAAUGCUGAUCAAGAUUGUGAACUUCUAAGAGAAGCUAUGAAAGGAUUAGGAACUGAUGAGGAAACAAUUAUAAAUGUAUUAGCAUACAGGUCAAGCCCACAACGUCAAGAAAUUUUGAAGAGAUUUAAAACUAUGUUUGGAAAGGAUUUAGUUGCAGAAUUGAAAAGUGAACUGAGUGGUAAUCUAUGCGAGUGUGUGAAAUCUCUAUGUAUGGCACCAGCAGAAUUUGAUGCCAAGCACCUCCGAAAUGCUAUGAAGGGUCUUGGAACUGAUGAAACCGUCCUUAUUGAGAUCCUCUGCACACGUUCAAAUGCUCAAAUCAAAGAAAUCAUUUCAACUUAUAAGAAAAUUUUCAAUCGAGACUUAGAGAAAGACAUAAUUUCCGAAACAUCAGGACACUUCAAGAGACUCCUUGUGGCACUGGUGACUGCCAACCGAAGCGAAAGCAAACAAGUGGACCGGAACAAAGCCAACCAGGAUGCUAAAGCAAUGUACCAAUCCGGGGAAGGCAAAUGGGGAACCGAUGAGUCAAAAUUCCAUACCAUUCUCAUCACUCGGAGCUACCCUCAGCUGAGGGCCACAUUUGCCGAAUAUGCAAAGAUAUCCCGUAAGAGCAUUGAGGACGCCCUGAAGAGUGAACUCAGCGGAGAUCUUUUGACUAGCAUGCUUGCUAUUGUGCGAUGUGUCCAAAACAAAGCCAACUAUUUUGCUCGUCAACUGAUGAAAUCGAUGCAAGGUGUGGGCACGGAUGAUGACACUUUGGUCAGAGUUGUUACGUCACGCUGUGAAAUUGAUAUGGUGCAGAUUAAGAAAGAAUUCUUCAACCUCGCAAGCCAAAAACUGGAAGAUUAUAUAUCUGGUGAUAUCUCAGGAGAUUACCUAAAGAUAAUUUUAGCCUUAGUCUCUGGUGGAAAACCUCCUGAUUUAAAUGUCAUGGGAGGAAAGGCUCUGGUGCAGUCAGUUAAGAAUAAAAGUGUAAAGCAAUUAGAUAAAGAAGUGAAAAUGGAAUCCGAAGAUGUACAGGAAGAUCCUACAGUGUUUCCUUAUAAUCCAUUUGACCCUGAAAGUGAUGCAAAAAUGCUACAGAAAGCUAUGAAGGGCUUUGGUACUGAUGAAGAUGCCAUCAUUGAUGUAAUAACCCAUCGAUCAUGCGACCAAAGACAGAAAAUAAAGCUAACCUUUAAGACCAUGUUUGGAAAGGAUUUAAUAAAAGAAUUGAAAAGUGAACUUAGUGGUUGUUUCUGUGAUACAAUUCUUGGUCUUUGUAUGACACCAGUUGAAUUUGAUGCCACCAAUCUAAAUAAAGCCAUGAAGGGUUUGGGUACAAAUGAGAAAACUUUGAUUGAAAUAAUCUGUACCAGAACAAACCAACAGCUGAAAGAAAUCAAAGAAGUUUAUAAAACAAUGUUCAAGAACAGUCUGGAAGAUGACAUAGCAGGCGAUACAUCAGGACACUUCAGGAACCUGUUAAUCAGUCUUGUACAAGGAAACCGAGCUGAAAAGAAGUCUUUUGAUCGAAACAAGGCUAAGCAAGAUGCUGAAGAACUUUACAAGGCUGGAGAGAAGAAAUGGGGAACUGAUGAAUCUUGCUUUAAUGCCAUUCUUUGUUCAAGGAGCUAUUCUCAGUUGCGAGCCAUUUUCCAAGAAUAUAUUUUAUUAUCACAGAAGGAUAUAGAAGAUGUCAUCAAAUCAGAAAUGUCAGGAGACCUCAAAAACAGUAUGCUGGCCAUAGUUCAAUGCAUUCGAAACAAGGCCAUGUUUUUUGCCAGUGCCCUGUACAAAGCUAUGAAAGGACUUGGUACUGAUGACAAAACUGUAAUUCGGAUUAUCGUAUCUCGUUCAGAGGUUGAUAUGGUACAAAUAAAGCAGGAGUUUCAGAAAGCAUACAAAGAGACUUUGGAAAGUUUCCUUAAAGGUGACUUAUCAGGGGAUUACUUGAAAACCAUGUUGAAUUUAACUGGAAAUAACUAAAAGAAAAGAAAAAAAACAUUCAAGAGUGAACAGUUACUGGAUCUGAAGACUGAACUAACCAUAAUCCUUUCUCACACACAUUUUGCAUUUUCUUGCUUUUGCAGUCAUAUACUCUCUAACAAACACUAUGGCACUUACUUGCAUUCUCAGAAACACACACACUAACAAAAA